AUCUCCCGUCGCGAUAACCAAGCGGCGCGAGCGGGAACCAUCCAGAACCCGGAAUUCCGUAAGCGACCUCGAAAAAGCCCAUCUAGGCAGCCAAUGAGUGGGCUUGAUGCGAGGUAUGGGCAACCCAAUCGCAAAUUCACUGCAGGGCGGAUUUAUGAAACUCAAUUCCCGAUCCAUAAGCGAGGUUGAUGCCCUCUACCAGGGAUCGUCUGUAUGCUGUAACUGUAGGUAUAUGUACACGUCAAGUGGCCACCACGCAGAAAGGCAAGGGCGGAAAUUCUCGUGUCAGAUGCAGAAUCGAUGCAAUGCCGUUGAUGAUAGUAUUAUGGAGUACCGUCUAGUACAUAAUCAGUCUCGAAGGAAGGUUGUGAUAGCGACUAGCUUUCAGCUACUCUGUAGACUGAUCUCUUACCAGUAUCCAUCUGAUUCGGUUGCGGGCGUAGGUAAAUUCGUCAUCUUGCCUUUUGAAAAUCCCUCUCUCUCCAUGUUGGGUGAUCUGUCUAUUUUAUUCUCGCUUCCAAAUAGGCCACCUUAUAGGAACGCUCACCCAUCGCCUUCAUAUAACCUAUCAUGCUACGUAGUAUGAAUGCUCAUUCUAUUAUUCUUUGUCUCGAGUCACUAGAUUUGCUCCGAGCCUCCGACGGUCUGACCGUCUCUGCUACCCAAAACGGGAAAAGAGAAGUGUAUUAUCGAUGCGGAGAACAUAGUCCCGGAAAUUACGUUUAACUGGG